GCCACCCCCCUUAAAUAGUUUCACCGAUUCUUCCGGAAAAUCAAAUCUCGCACCUUCUCAAUCAUCUUUUCUUCUUUUAAUCGAAUAUAAUCCUCAAAAUGGAAAGGAAGAUACCAAAUGUCAGUUGGGGAUUCCUGGGUCCCGAGUCCCGAACUUCUUCGCGCGCUCUGUCUCCUCCUCCGAUUUCUCCAUCUUCUUACUUCACCGUCCCGCCUGGCCUAGUCAGCCCGGUUGAUUUCAUGGACUCCGCCAUGCUGUUUCCCACUUCCAACGAUGCUUCAUCUCCUAGUUUUGGAGAUUUCGCGGGUGAGGGCUUCAACUGGAGGAGCAAUUACAGUGGGAACCUGCAGCAGAGUGUCAAAGGGGAGGACCGGAACUUCGGAGAGCUUUCAUGUCAAGUCCAGGCAAGACCUUCUUCAAGCAUGAUCUCAGUGGAGGUAUCAUCAUCAUCUUCUAAAGCCCCUGAACCGUGGAACUACCCCAAGUCUUCAUCACAAUUUGACUUCUCGUCAGAGAAGAAGGCAGAAACAUCGGGAAUCAAUCCGGUUCAGGGCCAAGCAAAUCCUCAAUCAAGAGCCCCUCAACCAUUUCACAGUUACUACACCCGCGAUCCGAAGAAAACAGAUGAUGGUUACAACUGGCGGAAGUACGGGCAAAAGCAGGUCAAAGGUAGUGAGAACCCGCGUAGCUACUACAAGUGCACAUUCCCGAAUUGCCAGACCAAGAAGAAGGUUGAGACAUCGUUGGACGGGCAUGUGACCGAGAUCGUGUACAAAGGGACUCACAGCCAUCCCAAGCCACAGUCUAACAGGAGAAAUGCAUUUCAGUCAAUUCAGCCGAACAGUUUGGAGAAAGUUUUGGAUCAGUCUGUUCAGAUGAGAGCAGACUCGGAUUAUAACAUUGCGCAUCAAGAUUCGUCGGAUUCAAUCGGGGAUGGAGAGUUUGAGCCUGACUCUCGUGUGGUUAAUGCUGGUGGAGGUGACGAGGAAGGUGAAAGCGACUCCAAAAGAAGGAAGGGUGAGACCGAGUAUGAGAGCUUUUCGGCCCACGGGAACAGCAUGGUGAGAGAACCGAAAGUCAUAGUUCAAACAAUGAGUGAAAUCGACAUUCUUGACGAUGGUUAUCGGUGGAGAAAGUACGGCCAAAAAGUAGUGAAGGGAAACCACAACCCAAGAAGCUACUACAAAUGUACAUCCACAGGAUGCCCUGUUCGUAAGCAUGUGGAGCGAGCAUCUCAUGAUAUGCGGGCCGUGAUCACCACAUAUGAAGGGAAGCAUAACCACGACGUUCCAGCAGCACGGGGCAGUGGCAGCCAUAUGUUGAAUAGACCCCAACCGUCUAGUUUCAAUACCAUUGCUCCAUCCCCACUUAGACCGUCAACGGUCGCGGGCAGUGCGAAUCAUAAAGCUAACUACAUAGGUUCAGUCAGCAAUCUGAGGCCACAGGGAUCUGCAAGUAGCACGCAGUCCGUGUUAGAAAUGUUGCAGAAUCCAAACACUUUUGCAUUUACUUCUGGAAUGCCAACUGACUUCAUAUAAACGGCAAACACCAAAUUAGUUCUGUUCUAGACAGAGUUAGGGAUUAUAGUUGUCGACAUAUGACAGUUUCUCCUAUCCACAUAGAUUAACACUCCAAAGUUUGAUUUGUUCGUUUGUUAGAGGCUUCUCUCUGAUGAAAUAAUAAUGUCCAAUAGGAAUUCAUUGUUAGUGUCUGCAAUAAGAUUGUGUAAAAAUGAUAGAUUUAGACCUUGAAUUCAAUACUUUACAAUUUUAAAUUA